AUGGCACUGCCUUUGCCAAUGUCGCGACAUGGUUCUUUACCCUCCUCGGCGACCAUGUGUGCAAGGGAGGCUGGAGAGCCACAUAUCAGCUUGACAGACUGGUUGCAAAGCAACCGCUUGCUGCGGCGCUUCUUCCUUCGGUUCAGCGACCCUUCUUGGGUAGAGGUGGCGAAGAACCUUUGCAUCCUUGGUGUGCUGUCUUUGCAGCACCUGGCGCCUGAGAAUGCAUGGUCUACUGAAGACCUUGCGGAGUUGGUGGAGCAUCUCCAACGUGUGGGAUGGCCGCAGGUGCCAGGCCAAAGCCAGGAGUGGUUACCUCCUUGGCAACGGAAGAGAAAGGUCUUCCCAAAACCUUCAGGAGACUGGCGCAGUGGGAGCUCUGAACCUCUUCAUCGUGUCCUGGAAAGGGCGGACAUGGUGCGAAAGCCAAGCUCACCGAGUUCAUCGCAAAGGCGUGUACCUGACAGAGAACUUUUGCGGCGGAGCAGUGCUGACAAGGAAGUCCCAGUGCCGUCAGCCCCAGCUGAUGCGCGAUGCACCUUUUGCGAUCAUCACCUCGUGCCCGAUGCCAGAUUCUGCCCCAAGUGCGGUCACCUCCGCAGCCCGCGCAGCCCAGAGGUGCGGCAAGCAUGGCCUGAAGCAAGCUGGACCGUGCGGACGCGUCGCUUGGAGCGUGGUGGCUGGGCUGGUGAAGUUGAGUUCGGGAAGGCACCACACAACCACAACAGUGUUCAGGUUUGGCACAGAGGUCCUUUGAGGACUUUUCUACCAGAACCGAUGACGAGAGACCAGAUUGAUUGGACUGCUUAG